AUGAGUGAGAAUACGCUAGUUGGUUCUGAAGUCCGUCGCAAUUCGUUACAUCAGCGAAAUAUGCUUUUGAGUAUGAGACUCAACAGUGGAGCUGGACGGAAAAGUUUGACUGCCUCCGGUAGGCCUGAAAUUAACCCAAACCGAGUUCGAAAACAGCGUACGUCAUUUUCUCAAAGCUCCAAAAUACCCGCUGCUUCCGGAGCUAGCGGUGGGCGAGUUCACAAUUCGAACAACAAUCGCCCUGGGGAGUUUUCAGCAGCCCCCAUAGCUGCUUCUCCCAUUAAAACAAACCCCCCCGCCGCGCAGACAUCCCCAAGGAAAAGAUCGGCAGCCCUGAGUACCCUUGGAUCGGAAAAGUCGCCAUUAAAAUUUCAGGAGUUAUCGCUGGACGAUUUUGAAGUGGGCAAAAAAUUGGGUAAGGGUAAAUUUGGUAAGGUCUACUGCGUCAAGCACAAAAGAACCGGCUUCAUUUGUGCAUUGAAAGCUAUGAAAAAGAAUGAAAUUGUUCAGUAUAAUGUUCAAAAACAAUUUCGCCGGGAGGUUGAAAUUCAGGCUGCCCUCAAGCAUCCUAACUUGACGCGAUUGUACGGCUAUUUCCAUGACGAGAAGCGCGUUUAUCUUUUGAUGGAGUACCUUGUCAAUGGCGAGCUUUACAAACAUCUGAGAUCCCACGGGCCUUUUAACGAUAUUACCGCAUCAUAUUUUGUAUAUCAAAUGGCCGACGCUCUCGAUCAUAUGCAUAGCCGGCGAAUACUGCAUCGAGAUAUUAAGCCUGAAAACAUCUUACUGGGUUUCAAUAACACCUUGAAGUUGACUGAUUUUGGGUGGAGUGUGACCAACGUUGGGAGUGCCAAAAGGAAAACUUUAUGUGGAACAAUGGACUAUCUUUCACCUGAAUUGAUAAAAUCCCGUGAAUAUGACAAUAAAGUGGAUGUUUGGGCCCUUGGCGUCCUGACUUUUGAGUUGCUAGUAGGGAAUCCCCCUUUCGAGGAAAAUUCUAAAGAACUCACAUACAAGCGCAUUAUUAGACGUGACUUGAGGUUUCCUGACCAUGUUUCACCAAAGGCCCGGCACCUUAUUAGUCGGCUAUUGGAAUACGAACCUAGUGCUAGGCUACCACUGAAAGAUGUCAAAACGCACCCCUGGAUUGAAAAAAACCGCCCAUUCUGGUAA